AUGGAACGGUGGAUCGGCAAAGUUGCGGUUGUUACUGGAGCCAGCGCUGGAAUUGGCGCUGCCAUUGCUAAGGAUCUGGCCCGGCGCGGCAUGAUAGUGAUCGGUAUGGCGCGAAGAGUGCAUCUGAUUGAAAAUUUGAAAAACGAACUUCCUGCUGAGGCAGCGACUCGAUUGCAUGCCAUGCGAUGUGACGUCACGAAAGAGGAAGAUAUAUUACAGUCCUUUGAAGCUGUUAUCAAAACAUUCGGUGGUGUGGACGUUGUUGUCAACAAUGCUGGAAUAAUCGCCAAGAAAACUAAUCUGGAUCCCGAGAGCAGUUCCGAGGUGAAACAGCUCUAUAAAACUAAUGUUAUUGGUAUGAUACUGUGCAGUAGAGAGGCUUUCCGAUCAAUGAAUGAACGUCAAACCGAGGGACAUAUUGUGAACAUUAGCAGUAUUUCUAGUACAGAAAUUCCUGAUUUGAAACCGCUGUCAAUAUACAGUCCGGCCAAAUUUGCUGUACGAGGACUGUCAGAUGCCAUACGAAUUGAAUUGAGGGAAAAAAAUAUCAACUGUAGAGUAACGUGUGUUAGUCCUGGAUUCGUCAACACGAAAAUGUUGGAAAGUGUUCGAGAGAUACUGGGGGAUAUUCCGGAGGUGGAACCGGAAGAUAUUGCUGAUCUUGUAGCGUAUGCUUUGGGUACUCCUAACCGGGUGACGAUCAAUGAUGUGCAGAUUUGCCCAACCGGUGAUCCUUUCUAGCAACGGAAAAAAUUGUGUAUGGGAAAAACCGUACAAGACGCACCAUGGGGCGGCCAUUAAUGUCCUGAAAAUACGCUGAACUGUGACUUUAAAUUAGGUAUAUCAUUCUUUGUUUUCAUCGUUUGUUAGUGCCAAGAAAAACAUUGAGAAACAUAUUUUGAAACCACAGAAAUC